CGAUAUGUAUGUGUCUAUGUGUGAGAUGCGGGACAGGGAUUACGUAUCUUGUGAAUGGGCGCAAGAUCUUUGCGAAGGGAAAGCUGUUUAUGUCAUUCUCUGCGUCUUGGUAUCUUUUGUCUCGGUUGCGCUUUUGGUGUCUGGAUAUGUAGUGAGCGCUGUAUUUGAUACCCUCUUCCCCCCCCCCCCCCCCCUUCAAUUAGUAUUGCAAAAAUCGGGCUACAACGCUUUUUGUGGGUAGUGUACCAUGCAUAUUCCGGAAUGCAACUCCAACUCUAAAUCAUUGUUAUAGACUAAUACGGUUUCUGGCCGUGGCGCCUUCUCCUUCUUUUUCUUUUCCCCCCUGUGGAGUCCUGAAUCCUUGCUACUUGUGCCUCCAUUGUCCUCGCUGCGAUUUUCUCGUGGGGAAGAUGGGGUAGCGCAUUCGUUCUUUUUUUUUCCCUCCUUCUUCUCUCUUUCUUCUUGUUUAAAAGACGUUUAGAAAGUAGUAGUGUUACCUACAGUGCAAGGUUCAUACAUAUAUACAUCACAUAAGUGCUCAACCGUAUUCGAGCACCCAAUCUGUUUUUGCAGGCUCGAGGUAAAAUUUCAGCAAGACUUGGGUUAUGCUUUGACGCUUAUCAAGAUCGUUGGGUGAUUGAUUAUGUGGAGUUCUUGAACGGUGGAGUUGGUGUGGAAAGACUGGUUAAAAGACUGAGU